AUGUUGAGAUCUAAACAAGACCAAAGAAAGAGUCAAUUCAAGAAGAGCGUCGAUGCCGACGAUGCUCGUAGAAAGCGUGAAGAGUUGGCUUUGUCCAUCAGAAAGUCCAAGAGAGAGGAAAGUUUAGUAAAGAAGAGAAAUAUCAGAUUGGACCCUGCUACCAACCAAAAGUUGGAAAGUUUACCAGCAUUGGUACAAGGAGUUAUGUCUAAUAUUCCAGACAGCAUUUUACAAUCAACCAUUGCUUUUAGAAAAUUACUUUCAAUUGAGAGAUCACCACCAAUUGAAGAAGUUAUUGCAACUGGAGUAGUACCAAGAUUUGUUCAAUUCUUGCAAAUGAGCAACUUUCCACAAUUACAAUUUGAAGCUGCUUGGGCAUUGACCAACAUUGCAUCUGGAUCUCCGGAACAAACCAAGGUUGUCAUUGAAAGUGGAGCCGUUUCAGUGUUUGUUUUCUUGUUAAACUCACCAAACGACGACGUCAGAGAACAAGCCGUCUGGGCCUUGGGUAAUAUUGCCGGUGACUCUUGCGAAUGCCGUGACUUGGUACUCCGUAACGGUGCCCUCCCACCCCUCCUCACCCAAUUGAUGUCACCAAACCCACCCAAGUUGUCGAUGAUCCGUAAUGCCACUUGGACAUUAUCCAACUUUUGCAGAGGCAAGCCAGCCCCAAGCUUUGAAUUGGUCAAGAUUGCCUUGCCAGUGCUCGCCCAACUCAUCUACCAUCUCGACGAGGAAGUUCUUAUUGACGCCUGUUGGGCCCUCUCUUACCUCUCGGACGGUCCAAACGAGAAGAUCCAAGCUGUUAUCGACGCCCAAGUGUGUCGUCGUAUGGUCGAGCUCCUCGAACAUCUCUCGAUUGCCGUCCAAACCCCAGCUCUCCGUACCGUCGGUAACAUCGUCACUGGUGACGACUCGCAAACCCAGGUCAUCCUCAACGUGUCUGCCUUGCCCCUCCUCGGCAACCUCUUGACCAACCCAAAGAAGGCCAUCAAGAAGGAAGCAUGCUGGACCAUCUCCAACAUCACUGCCGGCAACAAGAAGCAGAUCCAAGACGUCAUCGACGCCAACAUCAUCCCCGCUCUCGUCAACCUCCUCAAGAAUGCCGAGUUUGAGAUCAAGAAGGAGGCUGCCUGGGCCAUCUCCAACGCCACCUCGGGCGGUUCCCCACAACAAAUCGAAUAUCUUGUCCGUCAAGGCUGCAUUCCACCUCUUUGUGAGUUGUUGAGAUGCAACGACGCCCGUAUCAUAAACGUCGCCUUGGAAGGUAUCGAGAAUAUUUUGCAAUCGGGCAAGAAGGAGAGCCAAAACGGAACCAACUUGUACUAUGAAUACGUAGAGGAUGCCGGCGGUGUAAACAAGAUCAAUGAACUCCAAAACCACAAAUUAAAGGACACCUAUGAGCGUGCCCACAGAAUCUGUACAAAUUACUUUGAUGAAGACAAUGGAUCAGUCAACGGACUCGUCCCAGAAGUUAGCUCAACCGGAUCAUCUUUCACCUUCCAAGGUGUUCAAAAUACCAACUUUGGAUUAUAA